UGGCAGGAUUUCUUGGAUCGGAACAUGUACUGUAAUUUCAUGCUCCUGUCAACUGCUAUAUCCAUGUUGGUAAGCCCUGAACAUCUCAACCUUGCUGACUAUGCUGGACAAAUGCUAAAAUCUUUUGUCCACCAUUUUGGUGAGCUUUAUGGGACAGACCAGAUUGUGUACAAUGUCCACUGUCUGGUCCACCUGGCAGAUGAGGUGAAGAGGCAUGGCUGUCUGGACUCCUUUUCAGCGUUCCCAUAUGAGAAUCACCUUGGGAAAAUAAAAAAACUAAUUAGAAAACCUGAGUUCCCUCUACCUCAGCUCAUUCGGCGCCUUUCAGAGGUUACAGCUACCAAAUCAGAUGCUGAUGCAGACUUGUCACUGAAAAGGGAGCAUUUUGUGGGCCCAAUUGUUGUUGGCAUGGAAGUUCAUGCACAAUAUGGGGAAAUGCAAUGUGAAAGGUGGACCGUCAAAUUAUCAACAGGGGACAACAUGUUUCUGGUGGGGGAUAAAGUCUGCCUUAUCAAAAACAUUAUCAAAAAUGAUAAUGGUGUGUAUGCUAUUUACACAGAAUUUUCCCGGCAGUCUCCAUUCCAUACCUACCCCUUCAACUCUGACAGAAUGAACAUAUUUUUUGUAAAUGAUCCAUCUGUUGAGCUGAAGUUGGUUGAGGUGUCAGCGCUGCGACAGAAAUGUGUAGCCUUGCUGUACAGGGAUGGUUUCGUGGCCAUACCCCUCCUCCACUAAAUGAAACAAAAAAACUACAAAAAAAAGUUCAAGUUCAAAUCCGUUAAAACAAUCAGUUAGGAGUUCAAAGCUGUUCAAUUAAUCAGUUUAAACAAUCAGUUCAAGUUACAAACUCUAAUACUAUAGUUGACUACCGACUUAUGACUAUGACUUCCAGUACUCUGGAUGGAGAAUAGCUUUCAUACCACCUUGGAGCACCAUUCAGGAUGCCUUUUCAUCUGAUAAAGUUUCGAAUGAACGGGGACGUUGCGGUGGUCCCAACUGGAUGGUACUAUGAUGGGAUUGUUUUCUGGCCCACCUAUAAAAACACUGACCGAAUUAAAAAGGCCGUUUUAAAUGAGGAGCAGCAUGGGCCAAACUGGCCAAAAUUUGAUGCUUCUGUUGUCCGAACUUGUGACAACUACAAAGACGCAUUAAAAAUAAUGCAGCAAUAUGAAAAGGGCUGCGACACCUCAGACCUGCUAUCUGAGGCAGAGAAUAAGGAGCUGCCAGAAAAAAGGAGCAGGAAGGCAGUCCAUCGUCUCGGGGACUCUGAUGACAGCGAGGAAGACCCGGGAAAUAGUGACCGCGCAUCGGCAAGCCAAUUGCACAGGCAGACUCCACCGUCUCGCCGAGUGCCAGCAGUCAUGAGUACACAAGGAACGGCAGUCCCUCCUCAACUCCCUCCACCCCCCGCACCAGCAGCCCUCAACAUGUGGCAGACUCAGGAGCCUCAUGCAUCCAGUCUGGCCUACAGGCCAACAUGGCGAGGGGGAAGAAUGGCCGACUACAUCUCCUGCUCUGCGCCUGAGAUGACCCACCUCUUUAGCCUGCUGGAACAUAUGAAGCAGAACCAAGAACAGCUGAUUUUGAAGAUUUCUUCUUUGGCCACCGUUGGAGGCCAGGAUGUGAAGCGGGUGACCUAGAACAUCCUGGGCAGGAUGUUCACAGAUGGCGUUUCACAUCAGAAAAAUUGGAAGGGCGUCAAUAACAAAAAGGCCUUUAGCAGGAUGGCAACAAAGACCUUGCUUUUCAGUGCUGUCAGAAAAAAUUUAUUGACAAGGUCAGCCACGGACGCGGAGGUCACAAAACACGCCAUCAGGUGGUUCAACCUGGCGGGGGAUCGGGCAGCGAGGAGACGAGUCCUGCCUCCACCUUCUCAGGAGGAAUAGAAAUGUGU